CAUGUUCUCCUUUUAAAUAAGGAAGAAGCGGGAGGCGUUAAUCCAACUUUCUGUACUCAAUAUCUCAUUCAGAGUAUCGCUUACGAUUUCUAAGAAAUACGAGUCAGUUAGUAAAAAAAUCCCAUAACAGAUAUCAACGCACGCGGGCAGCUGGUUUGAAUCUAUAUAACCCCCAGAUAUAAACAUUGGUGGGCUGGUAUCUCCCGCGUUAGCAGCAGCUUAGCUGGUUAAGCUAAAGAUCAGCGUUGAGGGUUUAUCUGUGCUGGUUUAGUCGCGUUUGAGUCUGUUGGGGAAAGGAUCCGGCUACUUUUACUUAACAAAGCUGGUUAGCAGUGGCACGCGAAUGAAGGGCAGGGAAAGCGCGCGUGUGGGACUGCGCUGACAGCCCUGGUGACAAUUCUAGAUUUAGCCGAGGUUUUAAAUAGUUCAUUAUGUUUAAUAAGAUCUACGAAUGGAUCGAAACCGGGUUCGCCAAUCUGCGAAACGGAGCUCCAGCUGGUGCUGUUCACACCGGAGUGGAUCAGGACGGAGUAAUACGGAGAAAAAGACCUUUGGACUGUUUAGAAGAUGGAGAUGCAGUUGAUCAGGAAGAGGAGAGGGUGGCCAAGAAGUUCAGAAUGGGAGAUUUUAUGGACACAGUAAAAAAUGCAGCAGAAGGAGUAAAAACUCACGGUUCGAGUGUUGCGGUGUGGGUUCGAAACAAUGUUCGUCCUACACUGACAAACAUGCUUCCCGCUUCACCGGGUCCACCCCAAACAGGAAUUCCUUCAGAACCUUCAGCCAGUGCUGCUGCAUCAGCAUCAUUGUGGGCAGAAAACAAGUUUGAGGAGAGGAACCACAAUAUACUCAAGGACACAUUUGUGGCUCCAUCUAGUGCGGUUGAGUGGAAGACCAUCACAAAAUCUGGCUCUUUGAGGACUGAGCAGUCAGUGACCAUAUCAAAAGUCGGGAAAAGAAAUGCUUGUAUGGACUAUAUAUCCCAUGAGACGCACAAAGCCAAUGGCCAUUCUGUUAAUUUACCUAAUGCCUCCACGCCAAAACCAUCAGCCUCUCCUCGACUGGGCAGGUCCCUGUACCACCGGCCACACAGCUUGCUGUCUCCUGAGGCAAAUUCAGGAAAAGCCAAUAACACCAGCGUCUUUGAGAAGAAUUUUCCUAUCCGAGUGGUACAGAGUCCCUCACAUGGCAGCUCGAAUCGCCAAAUCAGGCGAAGAUCCCGCUGUACAGCACAGGAGUCUGUGCGUGUGGAAGAGAAGGAGGUCUACAGGCAGCUUCUAGCUAUGGUGUCUGGUGGCCAGUCAUCCUUUCUUCAUGAUGGAAGUUCUCACUCCAGCAUUCGUUCGCAUCGUGAUUUCUCCAGCAUCCUGAUGCCCAGUCGACCGCUUCUUCAGUGUGCCUCUCCUGCAGGCUCUGGUGCUGCUGCCUCCUCAUACGGGUUAUCCAGUCUACCCCCCAGCCCACAGCCUGAGUCCAGCCAGACAUCCAGCGCUCUGCCCAGUCCUGGUGCCAGCUCCAGUAUUCCAGAGCCUCAGCCAUGGCGCCGUGACCAUGAGUCUAGUGUUAAAGGGCCAUUGAGCCUUUCUUCAGCUCCAUCACCAACUGCCCUUCAGGAUACCUCUUCUCAGGACACACAGUCGUCGGCCAAUGAUGGAGAUUCAGUCAUUUUUGUCAAGGAGCAGCAGGGCAAGAAGUCUGAGAGCUCAAGUAUGCCAUGCUUCAAGGCUGAACUAUGGAUCAAAGAACUGACUAGUCUUUAUGACUCGCGUGCACGGGAGCGACGGAGGUUAAUCGAAGAACAGGAGGCUGUGACCUCUCGGCUCCAGCGCCAGCGGCUCUCCGGAGAUGGUCGAGCCGCCCCAUCAAGCGUUGAGCUGAAGGUUCGAGUCCCUCUGGAGAAAGAGGUCCCUGUCGCGUUUAUCAUCGAAAAGCCUAAACCAAUUAUAGAGGAGCCUGAAUUCCCAGAGCUAACAGAGGAAAUGGAGAGUGAGGUGAACAGGGCAUUGAGGGGUGGCAGCCCAGAUGAAAUGCUCAGUGAGGGCUUUCGCCUCACUAUCACCAGAAAAGACCUGCAGACGCUCAGCAACCUCAACUGGCUCAAUGAUGAGGUUAUUAAUUUCUACAUGAACAUGCUGGUGGAACGCAGUAAGCAACCUAACCUACCUUCUGCUUACACCUUCAACACCUUCUUUUUUCCCAAACUGAAGAGCUCUGGUUACUCUGCUGUCCGCCGCUGGACCAAGAAAGUGGACAUUUUUUCCUUUGACAUCAUUUUGGUUCCUGUCCACCUGGGGGUGCACUGGUGCUUAUCAGUGAUUGAUUUUCGCAAUAAGAGCAUUACUUACUUUGAUUCUAUGGGAGGAAACAAUGAUGAAGCCUGCAGGAUUUUAGCCAAGUAUCUAGAACAAGAAAGUAAAGACAAGACAGGACAGAACUUGGAUACCUCAGAAUGGACUCUUAAAAGUAAAAGACGCAACGAGAUCCCUCAGCAAAUGAAUGGGAGUGACUGCGGUAUGUUCACGUGCAAGUAUGCUGAAUACAUCACCAAAGACAGGCCAAUCACAUUCACACAAAAACAGAUGCCCUAUUUCAGAAGACGAAUGGUAUGGGAGAUCCUCAACCAGAAACUGUUGUGACUGUGCAGGACAUAUUUUGUGUCGUAUUGAUACACCUGUGCACUUCAGGAGUCAGUUUGUUUAAGACACAAAUGCCCCUCAGUUCGAGCUGAUGGUCCACUUUGCAUAUGUCCAGAAUAACAGUCGUUUCAAAUGCUGUUUAAUUGAAACAUGGGAGAACCUUGUGCACCCGAAGGACAUUAUGUCUCAGCCUAUAGGUCAGGGGAGUGGUUUCAUGCCCCUUUAUAGCUCCAAAUAACUUGACAUACUUUUGCUGAGCAAGCAAAAAAGCUUCGACUGUGGAAGGACGUUAUUAUUUUACUUUAAACAUUUUCUUGUGCUGCCUUUUUGUCUGCGGUAGCUGGGCCUGUCCUGUGAUGAUUUGAUUUUGCAUCAGAUUUUUGACUGGUAGAGGUCACUUGAUCUCAAAUCAUCUGAAGAUUUGAUAAAUCGGUAUGAUAAAAGAUUUUGUGUAGACCGUUUUACAUAAAGUUUUGCUCUCUACGUUCUAAUAGAGGAGCAUUGCUGCUGUAUUUACACUCAUGUGUUAUUAGUAAAACAGCCAAAACUGACAAUCACACCUCGCUUAUUUGAUACCUGUAUAUUUUAUACAGACUACAUACUUACACAAAACAAUACAGGGGGAGACCGCUAACUAGCUUGUACUACCUUUUCUUUUAAAAUAUAUUGCUAAGACCCAGUUAGUAAUAGUAAAAAUGCCUGCUUUGUUGCAGUACAUAAUUUUCAAAUGUUGAUUUGUGGAGAUGCAAUGCUUUUGACUUCAGUAUGGUUUGGGAUGAGUGUUCUUUCAUCAGUUUAUUUUUUUUUUUAGCUUAUUUUUAUCAGUAUUUAAUGGCUCUUAAGGAGUCUUCUGGCAUUUUGGUCAUCUCAGAGACAAGCCGCACUUACCUUCUCUUCUGCGUAACUUUUCCAAGCUCAGCGGUGUCCUACAUUUAGUUUUUUCUGUUCUUUUAUGUUGUUACUCUGUACUUUCUUCUGUGCAAAAAAGUGAACUAUUUUUGGCAACCUGUUUCUAAAUAUUUCUCCAGGAUAUUGACAAUUGUUGUAUAUACAGUCACUAUACGGUAAAACUGAAGACAUAUUUAAUACUCAUUUUUUACCUUUUUAUUAUACUGGUUUUGUAUGUGGAGCAGAUCUUUCUGGAAAUAAAUUCUAAAGGUUAUGUGUGUAUCAAAAGAUAAAUGAAAUAAUUUCAGAUUUUCAGUUUCUGAGUCACUUUGACAUUUCUUGAUAAGAACUUGAGGAAAAAUAUAAAAACUUUUGAAAGCAAA